CGCUGACAGGGCACGUGAUGCGCGACCGCAGAGGUACAUUUACAACAUCCCGCCCGGCUGGUGUAACGGACUUCUGCCACUGCUUAUCUUCACUUUCUAUUUCGAAUACUCGUAAUCCCAGCUAUAUUUUGAUUUCGGCUUUACUGUGUGGUUGAGCUACGAGAAGAGAAGGCAAAAAUGACGAAUAAAUCUGUCGCGAAGCACAGCGCUGCUGAUGACCAGCUGCAGCACGUCGAGGCGCAUGAGAGGAAGGCGAGUGCGGAGGCUAAGGCCGGCCUAAACCUUAACAUCCUCGGCGCCCUCUCCGGCACCCUCUCCUCCUUGACAACCAAACGCUCAAGCACUGCCCCCGACGGAAGUGCCACUACCGAAGAGGAGCAGCGCACAGCUGUGAGGGCUGAUGGACGCGGUGCUGCGAGUGGGAGCGCCGUUGCGGCUGCGCGGGCGGAUGCUAGUGAUCGCCAUGUGAAAGAGGGACGGGUUGAUCAUUUGGGGAUUGAAGAGUAGGGAUUACCGAGGGAUAGAGCUCACUGUGGAUGGGAAUUAUGACUUGUGUGAAACGGAAAUGGUGGGAUUGGUUGUUUACUUAUUGUUUGAUGCUCAGGUGCAUUUAUUCUUACAGUGUUGCUAUUGUUCAAUAUCACAUAUGGCACAUCUCUGUUUGGUUUAAUAGGGGUUUUUUAUUUGCUUUUUUGUUUGUCUGUGUUGUGCGUGUGUUUGGGGGUUGGGAUGGGGGAGGAGGGGAGGAUGCUCAAUGGUAUCCUUACAGUUGCUAUCGUGCAAAGUUGCAUGUGGGUAUUUGCAUGUGAGUCUAUAGUCACACUACCCCUACGCUAUUGUCAGCGAAAUCCAGUGAUUGGUGGACCGAAAGAAAUACACUUACAGUCUGUACCUAGAAAAGGCUUUCAGAACCCUCAACUCCCGAACUUUG